GAUGAUUUUCUUUUUGGGUACGACGAAUACAUCGACAAUAAUAAUUUCUGAUCGAUUAGAAGGUGUUUGGGAUCGAUCGAUAGUCGCGGGGGUUACUUCAGCCGAAAUAUUGUUAACCCAUUUUGUCACCCAACUUUUGAUAAUUAUUUUCCAGUCAGCUCUGAUAAUGGUAUUAACGUUCGCAAUAUUCAAGUACACCUCAGAGGGGAGUCUUGUGGUUAUUACAGUGCUGAUAUUUUUGCAAGGUCUUUGCGGAAUCAGCUACGGAUUUUUAAUAUCGGUCUUUUGUAGCGACCAUAAUUCAGCCAACAUAUUGUCCACUGGCGUGUUUUAUCCCAUGAUCUUAACUUGUGGCUUGGUGUGGCCCAUCGAAAGUAUGCCAACAGUUCUUCGUUGGAUAUCUCUUUGUUUGCCAUUUACAGUACCGAUUUUAUCGGUGAGAAAUGUUCUUAAAAAGGGAUGGGGUAUGACCCAUCUACAUGUCCUGAAUGGCGUUGGCCUGGAAAUACUUUGGUGCGUUAUUUUAGGCACCAUUAGUGCUUACCAACUAAAAAAACGUAGAUAAAUUGUGAUUAUUUGUUUAGCAAAGUGUUCGUUUAUUUAUUUGUGGAUGUUUUAUAUUAGUUUGUUUAAGCAAUUGCUAUUGUAAAUAAAAAAAAAGGAAUAAAAUGGUUGUUUGCUCA